AUGGACCAGGUGGUGGAAGAAAAUGGUAUUCGCAAAAUUAUCAUUGUGCCUCAGACAAUUGACUAUCACACAACCAUGCCUGCUCCUAUACAACAAGUACCACACUUCAUUACACCAUCCUCUCCUAUAUAUCCACAAGGUGCUCAACUUAUGCGUCCCCCAACUCAAGGGGAAUUUCCACCACCUUACAUCAAAGAGCCUAUGCCACAGCAGCUGCCACCACCACCACUACCACCACCAGCAACAGUUAUAUACCACGAGCAACAAGAAACUUAUUCCCAUGGAAGAGCAAAUUAUAACCAGUUUGAUGAAAGGGCUGCUAAAAUGGAAGAACAUAUGAAGAAAAAUCUGGGAGAAUGUCAAGGUGGCGUACACAAUAGCUAUAUGGUUAACAACACCUCUUUGCUUGUGAACAAAACCAAUGAUUUCUCCAGUAUUCCUCCUAUUCCAAGCACUUACACUGUGGACUAUGCUCCAAGUACCUACACUGUUGACAAUACCUUAAGCACCUACACUGUGGAAAAUACUACACAAAACUACACUGUUGACAAUACAUCAAGUGCCUACACUGUAGACAACACUUCAAGCACUUUCACUGUGGACAAUGGUCCAAGUAUGUACACUCAAUUCUUCCACCAUGGGGACCAUGUCCCUAGUACUCCCACUACAGACAGUGCUCUUCCUUCCACAAUUGAUAGUGUUCCAAACCCUUCCAGCACUAAUUAUGUCCCCACGGCUUCCACUUCUGACAGCACUCCCAAACCAUCACCUAUUGACAGCACUCCAAGCCCUUCCAUUUCUGGCCAUGCUUCUAACACUCCCAUCUCUGAAAGUGCUCCCAGCACUCCCAUCUCUAAAAGUGUUCCCAGCACUCCCAUCUCUGAAAGUGCUCCCAGCACUUUGGCCAUUGACAGUGAACUCACUGCUUCCAAUGCUGCCAGCAAUUCCAACACUGUCAGUGCUCAUGUUGAGACUAGCCAUGGAAAGAAAUGGAGUGCUACAAGAAGUAGAGACAUCAAGCAGAAACCAGAUGGAAAACAAAACAAAGCAUCAUCAAAUGCUGCAGAAAAAGAAUGCAUAACAGAACGUGGAAAGUCAUGCUGUUUCAGCAUUGAGAAACCUAUAGUUUCUGAUAUUCAAACAAGAUCUGCUGUUAUUUCAUGGAAACUACAUGGUUCUAAGAAGUGUGAUCACACCAAAUCUCCUGUGACAUUUGAACUGGCAAUAUCUAACAGUGGUAAAAAUGGAAACUAUAAAAAUCUAUAUAUUGGUGAUAGAGUUACAUUUACUCUACUUGAUCUACAACCAUCCAUGGCCUAUUUUGUAAGAAUCACAACCAUAAGAGGCUCAGCACACAGAACUGUGUCUGAACUGGUUAGCUUCACAACUCCAGGUUGUGAACCAGACCCUCCACCUGCACCCAGACUAAUUAACCGAUCCAAGAGCAGCCUGAAUUUACAGUGGAAAGGUUCCAAUGAUAAUGGUUCCAAAAUAAAUGGCUUCCUUUUGGAAUGGGAUGAGGGCAAAGAUGAAGACUUCAAAAGUUGCUAUAUGGGUACCAUGAAACAGUACAAAAUCCUUAAACUAAGUGCUUCUACAAAAUAUUCAUUCAGAAUAGCUGCCAAAAAUAACUUUGGCUUGAGUGAUUUCAGUGAAAUAGCAGUUUUCCAUACAUCAGGAACUAUGCCUCCAACACCUUUACCUCCUAAGCUAAAAGAAGCAGGAAUCUGUAAUUUGACACUAGAAUGGUGUGCUCCAACUAACACAAACCCAAAUGACAGUCUUACUUAUGUACUAGAAAUGGAGGAAGAAGGAUCUGGCUUGGGUUUUAAACCUAAAUAUAAUGGAGAAGACCUCUCAUUCACUAUAAGAAAUCUUCAGAGAAGUACUACAUACAAAUUUAGGAUUUUUGCCUACACUUUGGAAGGAAGGAGUAACCCCAGUGGAGAAGUAAAAUACACUACUUGUCCAGAUAAGCCUGGAUCCCCUAAAAAACCAUAUAUAAAGGGAAAGAUCUAUGCACACAGAGUAAAAAUUGGAUGGGAACCACCAAAAGAUAAUGGUGGGACAUACAUUUCACGUUACAGUUUAGAAGUUAGUGAAAAUUCAGAUGUGAAUUCCUGGAAGAUAAUCUACAAUGGAACCACAAAGGAAUUUCUAUAUGAUCACCUGCAACCUGGUACUACAUAUAAACUGAGAGUCUUUUGUACUUCACCUAUAGGUCAAAGCCAGCCUUCAGAUAUAUUGACUAUUCAAACACCUAAUCUUUCUCCUGAAUCUUGCCAUCCUCCACCCUUGAAUGGUGCGGCAAAGACCAGAGAAAACAACAUCAAAUGUGACAAUCCUCCCACUAAUGGAAACUCGGAAGCAUUUGCAAAUGUCAAAAAGGCAGAAGGUAUCCAAGAUGACAAACGAAGGCACCCUGGCUCCAAAGUGAGAUGCACAUCUGGAUCUCAUUCAAUGAAGUGUGAAAGUGCACCAGUCCCAAGCCCUCCUUCUCAAUGUGGUACACCUAUGGUAACCUGCAAGGGUCCAACCUGCAUUGCUGUUAGCUGGGAGAUUCCUGUAUGUAAUGGUGCCGAAAUCACAGAUUACAGACUAGAGUGGGGAAAAGCUGAAGAAUCGAUGCACUUGAUAUAUACUGGCCCUUGUUUGAGCUAUGAAGUUAAAGGUCUCAUUCCUGCAACUACAUAUUUUUGCAGAGUUCAGGUAAUCCUAACAGUUAUUUCAAUGUAAACAAGAGAACAGUUAUUAACCUAUGCUACCCACAUCCAUAAUACUGGCACCAUUUCCAGUGUAGUGAAUAGAAGGGAGUCACAGAAUUCCAAAUGCUAAAUAUUCCUCAUGUUCAGCAACAUCAUUCUGAGCUUCUUCAUCUGGCAUUUGAAGCCCCCCCAUAAUCUGGAACCUACUUUUAUUCCAACUUGAUCUGCCAUUAUGUUUUCUACAGUUCUGUUUCCCAAAUUACCUUGAACUUAACAAUCACCUGAAAUGCUUGUUUAAAAUAGAUUCCUACACUUCCACUCAGACCUACUGAAUCAAAAUUUCUAAUCCAGUGACUUGUUAAUCCAUAAAAUUAAAAAGCACUGUAAGUGAUAAUUAUAAUUAGGAAAAAUGUCAGAAACCAUUUCAAACAAACAAGUCUAUUCUACCACCACCCCAAGUAUGCCUUGUACAUUUGCUCAUACCUUGUUUUUGCCUGUCUUGUCCCAUAAAAUCAAGCUUUUGCAUGAAUGCUUCCCUGAAAACCAUAGCUAGAAGUGAUUUCUUUCUCCUGUGAAUUACCAUAAUUGUAAGACUCAUAACUUUAAGAUUAGGGGAGACAAUCCAAAUUUAUAAUGAUCUCAUAUAUUGUCCCUAUCAACUUAAGUAAUCAAAUCCUAGGAGCCCUAAUACUAAGAAUCUAAGCUCCAUCUCCCAAAUUGUCUUCAGCACUGGAAGUAAUUUUUAAAAAUCCGUUGUUAACUUUUGGGUGUCUAUAUUUUUUGUUGGAAAAAUGCUCUUACAAUAUAUAUUUAUUAGUGAGGAGGCCACUGUGGUUGUCCAAAGGAUGGGUGAAUUUAUGAAUAUUAAGGAUGCUACAAUGGGAAUUCCGGGACAUUAAUGGAUUUGAAACAUAUUAGAGAGGUAAAAAUCAACGGAAUAGGAUCCUGCCAAGACAGAGUGUCCCCAUACCUCCCAGACCCUCCCUUUUGUAACUAAAAAAAUCUGAACAUAACACAACAAACAGCACAAGAAGACUCCGAAUGGUGGAAAGAAAGAAAAAUGUAGAAAGGCAAAGAUCCUAAGACCUCAUAACUUGAGAAAGAAUACAGUAGUGAGCCCCCUGCUAGACUUAUCACCUCACACAUGUCCCAGAAAGGGUAUGGGAGAAGCCUCCAACUCAAAAUUGCAAACAGGAACAGACAGGAAAAAAACCUCCAGAAAAAGCAUGCUUCCCCUCAACAAAGUGACUAGGAAAAUGCUAGCCUAAUCACAGAAAAUCUCUUAAGUAAUUCCCACCUUACUCCAGCCAAAAAUCAAUUGAAAAAGCACACACACUCCUGUCCUUCUUCACCCCUGAAGUUUCAACAGGCAGAGUGGGAAGCUGACCAUCCAACCCACCCCAGAAACAACAAGGAACAUGCUCCAAUUUCCCUACCAAGUGGUUUCAGUUUCAGCAGGGCCAAGCAUGGAAUUGAUCUUUCAUUCCUUGCAUAUCAAAAGCAGGCAGUGCUCUGCUCCCAUUCCCCUGUCAACUGGUGUCAGUAAUGGCCAAGUAGGGAUCUUAAGAUCUUCCAUACCUCUCUGAUGGAAGCAGGAGGCAGCAAUAUAAUCCCCUUGAAGGGUUAGUAUUGGCAAACUGAACCUCCGCCACCGUCAACCAGCAGCAAUAGACUGACCAAGACUGAUAUAAUUCAGGCUAGUCAGCACUCUACUUUCUUCCUACUCCUGUGUCAAUAAGGCCUAGUGAGAAGUUUAACCUAAAUUUCUACCUACCAGCACUAAGACUGAAUAACAAUCUGGGAAAUAGAGCUAGUCAACACUCAUAUUCCUCCUUCACCUGCUAUCAGCAGGGUGUGCUGGAGAGCUCAGCCUUUAUCUCUACUCAGCAUCAAAGAUGCAAAUCUAGGUGGUGAGAGGCUAUAUUACUUGGCACCCCACUCCCCCAUUCCCUUCCCAUGGUGUCAUUUAGACCCUGCUGGGAACUGAGACCCUACUGGGAACUGAGUUUCCACCUCCACCCUACAGGAACACAGAGAUGUUAGUCAGAUCUCCAUUUCCCCCUUCGUGGUAUCAUCAGGAACCUGUGGGGGGGCUGAGCUUAGUCCACACUCAGAGACAGUAAUACAGUGCAAAUAGUUGCUCUACUUCUGUUAGAAAGGUGUCAAAAAGGUGUAGAUAGGAGAGGAAUUUCCACCUUACCCAACUUUGCACUAUACUUCUAAGGGAUACUGCUUACUAUGGUAAUGAUUAAAUAUAACCCAGACUCUUAUAAUAUAAUAUUAAAAAUGUCUAGAAUAAUCAUUUGUUAUAAUGAG